ACUUUUCUCUUUACCGGUCAUGAAACAACAAGUGUUUCUAUGACGUGGACAUUGUAUGCAUUAGCCAGUAAUCCAGAUGUGCAGGAGAAAGUACGCAGAGAAAUUAGGAUGGUAUUAGAGGAACAUCAUUUGAUAACAUUGGAUGUUCUAGAAAAAUUACCAUAUCUUGAAAACGCCAUUAAAGAAUCUCUUAGAUUAUUCUCUCCUGCACCUAUGACAUUUCGUGUGGCAAUCAAUGAUGAUAAGAUUGAUAAAUAUGAUAUACCUAAGGGAACAGUAAUUACUAUUGUACCACCUCACAGGUAUGCAUUGCCGGAUUAUUUCCCCGACCCGUUACAAUUUAAUCCUGACCGCUGGGAAGAUUCCAACUAUACGGAUAAAUACAGCUAUGUGCCAUUUCUAGCGGGGCCUAGAACAUGCAUUGGAAAUAAAUUU